UAAAACAGCUCCAGCUCUGCAUGCUACCACACUUCCCUGCUGGGGUGAGCGCCGCCGCAGAGAUGAAGCUGGUGACCUGGUGCUGGCUGAGCUCAGCUGCCCUUGCUGCUUACAGUUUUUUGGUUGCGGCAAACAAUGAAACAGAAGGAAUUAAAGAUGAAUCAGCCAAGGACGCCUGCCCGGUGAGACUAGAGAGCAGAGGGAAAUGCGGGGAGGGAGGUGAAUGCCCCUACCAGGUGAACCUGCCCCCGCUGACUAUUCAGCUCCCGAAGCAGUUCAGUAGGAUGGAGGAGGUGUUCAAGGAAGUCCAGAACCUCAAAGAAAUAGUAAACAACCUGAAGAAAUGUUGCCAAGACUGCAAACUGCAGGCUGAUGACAACCGAGACCAGGGCAGAAAUGGACUGCUGAUCCCGGGCACAGGAACCUCGGGAGGGGCUGAUGAAAACCGAGUUACAGAAUUAGAGGACGAGGUUAACAAGCUAUCCUCUGACCUAAAGAAUGCAAAGAAGGAGAUCGACGUGCUUCAGGGUCACAUGGAGAAGCUAAAUCUUGUAAAUAUGAACAAUAUAGAAAAUUACGUUGACAGCAAAGUGGCAAAUCUAACAUUUGUUGUCAAUAGUCUGGAUGGCAAGUGUUCAUCUAAGUGUCCCAGUCAACAACAAAUACAAUCGCAUCCAGUUCAACAUCUAAUAUACAAAGAUUGCUCUGAAUACUACACAAUAGGCAAAAGAAGCAGUGAGACCUACAGAGUUACACCGGAUCCCAAAAAUAGUAGCUUUGAAGUUUACUGUGACAUGGAGACCAUGGGGGGAGGUUGGACAGUGCUGCAGGUGCGUCUCGACGGAAGCACCAACUUCACCAGAACCUGGCAAGACUACAAAAUAGGCUUUGGAAACCUCAGAAGAGAAUUUUGGCUGGGAAAUGAUAAAAUUCAUCUUCUGACCAAGAGUAAGGACAUGAUUUUAAGAAUAGAUCUUGAAGACUUCAAUGGUGUCAAACUCUAUGCCUUGUAUGAUCACUUUUAUGUAGCCAAUGAGUUUCUCAAAUACCGCUUACAUGUUGGUAACUAUAAUGGCACAGCUGGAGAUGCUUUACGUUUCAACAGACACUACAACCAUGAUAUGAAGUUUUUUACCACCCCAGACAGAGACAAUGAUCGGUAUCCGUCCGGGAACUGUGGUCUCUACUACAGUUCAGGCUGGUGGUUUGAUGCGUGUCUUUCUGCAAACUUAAAUGGCAAAUAUUAUCACCAAAAAUACAAAGGUGUCCGUAACGGGAUUUUCUGGGGCACCUGGCCUGGCAUGAGUGAGGCACACCCUGGUGGCUACAGGUCCUCCUUCAAAGAGGCCAAAAUGAUGAUCAGACCCAAGCACUUUAAGCCAUAAAUCACUAAUGCUCAUUUCUCUGAGCAUUUGUUAUGUAAUAGGGCAAUAAAUUCCUUUUGUACUCCUUUUCCAUGGUUAAAAAUUUAUUUCUGAGCAGUGGGUACUUAUGCUACACAGCAUUUGAAAUAAAGCUGAACAAUAUACAUUUUAAAGGAAUUCUUUGUUGCUGUUAUGCUGUUAUGCAAAAAACAAAACAAAACAAAACAAAAAAACUCAGAACACUUGCAGGCACCUGGGAAUAUUGAAAAUUACACUUUAGAUUUAUAAUUCUCCUAAUUUCUACUAAUAAGAAAGGUUUUUAUUAGUUGUAUUACUUGCUAUAACCUAAAAAUAAUUGGUUAUUCAGCAGGCUAGAUUUUACACAAGUAAUUUGUAUUUGGCUAUGACUUAAACAUUCUGAGGGAAUACCACUCUUUUGGGUAUAUAAAGAAUUAUUUAGGUAUUUAUUUGUGUCUAAAUAGCCUAAUCCUUAUUCUGAGAUGAACUUUUUCAAUUUAUGGCAUUUACUUUGAGUCAGGAAGACCAGAAAGCAUUUUAGUUCCCAGGCAAAUUAAAGGUCUUCAUGUACUAUUCAUGAAAUGUAAAAUGUUUGUCAUUUAAAAUAUUUUAAAAUGUGGUAGCAUAACGUUACUCCUAAAAGCAUUCAGAAAAUUAAUUUAACCAUAAAGACCAUUGUUUAAGGGUAAUUCAUUCACAGUUUAUAACUCUUUAGGUGUUUGAUGAUAAAAACUGCUCUAACAUAAAAAUCAUCUUCCUUUUCUCUCUAUGGCUAACAGUUUUUAGGAUAAGAUUGUUCACUACUGUACAAGACUACUGGUAGGCUUUCUUUUGAAGAGGUUGGUGUGGGUGGAGAAUGAAGCAUUUAUUUAUAGGCUAUUAUAUUCUGAAAGCCUAUUUUAUAUCCUAAGCAAUAAUCGCUUUAAAGCUAAGUUUUAUAUGACAAAUAGGUAAAUCUAUUUAUAAAAAGCAUAUGAAUUUUGAAAUGUGUAGAACAGUAGUUUGAAUAAUGUAUAUUUUAUCCCUAACUGGUGUAUUGGUUAUUUUACUAUCAGAAGAUUCAAAUACAGGUGUUUAUUUUUUAAUCAAACAAAAGUAUUUGGGUAUUUUAUAAUUAAUAUCAUAUUCAAAAAAUUAUUAAAGAAGAGUUAAGUUUCAUCAUUGUAAAAGGGAUCAUUUUAGAGAGAAUAGCAAUGUUCUGCUGCAUGUUUAAAAUACUCAAAUAAAAUUUGAAUACUGUAUGUGAGUCAUAGAAAUAUAAUCUUUAAUGUCUAGUGCCUGUUUCUACUAUCGUAACUAAGAUUUCAAAAUAUAUUCACAAAGAUUCAUCUUUACUCAUUAUUUGAAAAUGAUUAAGGAGGAUAGUUGCCUUCUUAACAAGUUAAUUUUUCGAGCAUUGUCCUUUACAGAAAAUUCUAAUAAAAAAGAAGCAAAUAUACUUUUAAUGAUAUAUAAUAUACAUGGUUUUCAGGUAAACAUAAUGAACAUUAAGUUAUUAUGAAUACUGUUAAAAUGUUAAAGAAAAAUACAAAUAGAACUAAGUUAUGACCAAAAUGUAUCACCAUCGACUAAAACCUAUAAUUGUAGAUUUCAAAGGUUGCAUAUCUACCCAAUAGGAUAUCAAUGUAAAUGUUGUAACUAAUUUACUCUUUAUUUCACUCUUUUGUGUUUUUAAUCAACGUUUUUAUAAUAUACAGUGUAUUUAUUACAAAUAAGGGCAUUUUGAUUUACUAUAUACAAUUAUUAAUAUAAGUGUAAGUUUAACUAAAUUUAAAUUUCUGUGAUCAAAAAUGUACUCCUCCUAGAAUACAGUUCUAAAGAAAAAUAGCUCAUAUAGUGAGUAUGCACUGAUAUAAUAGGAAGUAGGUAUCAUUUCAGGAGAAUUUGGCAUAUCACUCAUUAAUCCAUGUAAAUACUUAAAAGCUUGUCCUUCUACCUUUCCACCCUGUUUCAAAGGAUCAAAAUUAUAUUUUCCAUUAUACUUUUAUGGCACUUUUCUAAUAAAACAUUCUAUAACAUACAAA